UUUUAGAUGCAGCCCAGCCCAUUGUGGUAAAUGUUUGGUUCAAGGAUGAGAGGAGAAGGUUUUGUGCUUCUUGUGCUUCUCUUGGCAUGCACGUGUCUACCACACGUGUAUGCCAUGAUACCGGAGCCGGCGGUGACGCUGCCGGUGACGCGGCUGGUGCGUCAGUUUUACAAGAAAAACCACCUGUGCGACGAUGUCGAGGUAUAUAUCAAGUACCAGGUGAAGUCAUACUGGACCAAGGAUCGGUCCAUCACACCGAAACUCCUUAGAUUGCUCUAUUCCGAUUGCUUUGUAACGGGCUGCGAUGCAUCGAUACUGCUGGAUGGACCCAAUUCUGAGAAGACAGCAGCACAAAAUGUGGGGCUUGGGGCAUUUGUGUUGAUUGAUAAUAUAAAGGAGGUGGUAGAAGCAAGAUGCCCUGGAGUCGUCUCUUGUGCUGAUAUCCUCAACCUUGCCACCAGAGAUGCCGUUAAUCUCGCAGGAGCACCAUCUUACCCUGUUCUGACCGGAAGAAGGGACGGCUUCACGUCAAGUGCUGCAUCUGUUGACCUUCCAUCACCGUCUAUCUCAUGGGAAUCAGCACUAGCAUACUUCCAAUCCAAAGGUUUAGAUGUAUUGGACCUGACAACUCUCUUAGGUGCACAUACAAUGGGCAGAACUCAUUGCCGCUACAUACUCGACCGGCUUUACAAUUUCAACAACACCGGCAAACCGGACCCAAGCAUGAAGCAAUCCUUGUUAGACCAACUGAGGAAGCAAUGCCCGCCCAAGACCAGGAAAGGCCAACAUGACCCACUUGUGUUUCUGAACCCACAGUCAGGCUCAAAGUACACUUUCAGCAACUCCUACUACUCCCGAGUGUUGAGAAAUGAAUCCAUCCUUGGAGUUGAUCAGCAACUACUCUUUGGCAAUGACACCUCUCAGAUCACCGAGGAAUUUGCUGCCGGCUUUGAAGAUUUUAGAAAAUCAUUUGCCCUGUCGAUGAGCCGGAUGGGAAGCCUUGGAGUCUUGACCGGAACUCAGGGGGAGAUACGCCGGAAUUGCCGGUUUACCAACAAGGACAAUCCCAAUGGAAAGUGAAAGGAAGAGAUGAUGUAUUAAUAGGAUGGUUAUGGUUAUCUCAAGGAGGAAAAAUAAGCACAUGUAACCUGUUUAAUUGUUCACAAAUAAAGUCAUUUGAAAUAUGUUCUCAAACCAACAAGAUAAAAGAGAUGGUAAACAGAUUAA